GUGAUUCGCGCAGUGGCGCUGAAAACUUUGCUUAUGCACCGACACUUCGUUGGCAUCGAAUGCUGAUAUUUGCUAGGGGUGGCUAUACUCAACGUUCAUGCUGAUGAGGUACGUAACUACAGGAAGCAGGCACUGCCAGUCAUGAUGAUGACGAUGAUAAUGAUGCUGAUGAUCCGUAGACAAGUCACAAACGUGGGCAGCUGAAUAAGUGGUUAAGUACGCAACCAACUUGGUCUGGACUUGCAGUGGCUAUCACGACAAGAGCGGACAGACCGUCAGGACCGAACGGCAAAUAACUGACUAACCAUCGGACCAGCGCUGACCAAAACCAAAAAAAGAACUGUACUCGUGCAGUAAAACACAGAGAAACGAUAUUUUCACGGCUCACACAACCACCAGCGGCGAGAGAGCGAGAGUGUGUGGUGGGGAAGACGGGGCAAAUCACGGGCGCCCAAGAUGUCACAGACCAGGGUAGUGUGUGGUUGCGCGUUGAUUCUACUGGCCUUGUGUUGCAUUCAACAGGUCAGGUGCCUACACCUGUCCAACCGUCUGCUCUCCCACAACACCGAUACUCGAGUGGCUCAAAGUAGUACCAGACAAGUCGAUGGAGACACCGAAAAGUUUACUAGAAAUCGACGAUUUAACAGACUUCAUGUCUGUGAUACGGACUCGGACUGCGUAGGUCGUAACAGACCCUCUUGCUGCGCUGUAUUACCCCUCAGCUCUAUCCGGUUCUGUCAACCACUUAGCGAGAUGGGUGACACCUGUAACACCUUCAGCAGACCUCAUAUGUGGAGUGGCGAGAGACUGGGAAUGCAUUGCCCCUGCGAGCCUGGCCUAGAAUGCUUGUCGGAUUCCAGUUCAUCUUACGUCAGCAGGGGUACGUGUAUGUAACAUGGUCCCACCAUUUACAGGCUACAACCCCAAGUGUGACGUGGACAAAUCAUUUGCAGCCGAGGACUUACAAACGUAACUUUUCAAACCUGACUGCGACGCGUGACUGCCUGAUAGACGCCGUUCCAGGCACUUGUGACGAGAACUCUGUGUACGCUCGAGCUGACUUGGAAACGAAAUUUCGGUGAACGGCAAAAUAAGUGUGAUGGUGCUUACGUAACGCAAAUUCUUGAAGCUCUCCUCUUAUUUUCUGCCAAAAAAGAACGAACCCAAAGAACUCCACUAAUGAUGAUAUUGACGACACUAGUGGGCUUCAAGCAGGUGGAACCUAGUUGGUACUUGGGUCUACCAUGCCGUGGCCAUCAAUCCAAAGUGCUGGCCGCGUGACUGAUUGAGCGACUCGAGGCACGGCUAAUUGUGCAGCGCCUCUGCUCAUUCGUCACGUUUGAGGCUACCGGCCGGGGACAGACGUGGGAUACGGCUCACAGCUAUGAUGUAUGGCGUGCCUCGUGGGUCAACAAUCAACUCUUGAAGCGAGUGGUUGUCAAUAGCAACGGAAGCAGUAAUCGAACGCACUCAACAGGCAGAGGUGCCUUGAGCCGUGGCCGAAAGAGCCAUACACGGACUGGAAGUCCAAGAACAUUGACACUUUCGACGAACGCCUAGAGCUAUGCUUUCUUGCGGUAUAUACAUGUAGUUGCGUUUCCCUAGCCUUCACUGACGCCUCUAACCCGAUAUAACCAAAUAACAUUUGAAGUUCGAUUUAUGUAUAUAUGGCCACUUGUCCCAUCCCUAGACACGACUACCUUAAUUAGUUAUGCACACUCAAAGAGGCGCUUGCGCAUUCUAUGAAAAUAUAUCAUUAGUUGCUAUGGUAACAGCUGUACAAGUGCAAAAUUGUUAUUGAUGACGAGUAAUGGACAUUUUCUCUGCUUACAAAAACGAUGAUUGAUAUUCCAAUGAACUGUACUAUCGGAGCUCUUAUUGCAAACUGUUUCCAACAUUCUCUAAUAUUUUGUUGUAAGUGUGGACGGCAUAAUGAAAUAGCCCUGCACAUAAAAUAACCACUGUAUAUUAGGUCGAUUUUAACGGGAUUUGAAAAAUUUGACUAUUUAUGACGUUUCACCUUUUUGAGCAAUCCAACGUGCAAACUUUUCACAAGAUACACCCCCGCAAAUUGUUACAAGAUUUACGAAUGAAAGAAAAAAAGUAGUCCGCCUACGAGAAAAAAAAAUCUUGGUUUUGCCACUCAGGAAAAGAAAAGCAUUGAUUCACCAUUAGUGCCCUGGUACAAUUGCUUGGAACGUAAUAAAGGUGAAAAUAAAAAAUUUGAUCAAAUCAUUUUCACACGCAAACAAUAAUAAUUCCCCCAAUUGGCACCUUAUGAUGUAGUUCUAUUUGAAUAAUUUAUUUAUUUUUGGGGGAAUAAUAAAUAAUAUGCAGGCUAUUAUGAUCGACGUGAUAGCUGAUAGUAACACACAUCUAAGCAUUUACUAUUAAAGGGGCUUACUGCAUACAUUUCAAAGUUGGUAAAACAUCUUCAUAUCAACGGACCUGCAUGCCGCCAUGUUGGAUUUGGAAAAUUUACAUGACAUGGGAUGAACUUGACCAAAGUUAAAUAGCACGUCAAUAUGGCCUACUUCUGGGGGAGGCUGGGAAUCAACCCUUCACCCCAGUCCCAAUUAUUGUCUAGCCCCCCCCCCCC